GACAGCAGGAACAUCCAGUUGAGCUGACCACUGGAGGCAGUGGCAUCAUGGAAGCCCCAUGGGGCUGGCUCGUGGUUGGUGUGCUGGCCAUGUCCUUGACCUCUACAAUGACCCAGGAUGUGUGCCGAGCCCCAGACGGGAAGGCAGGGGCUGCUGGAAGACCUGGCCGACCCGGGCGGCCAGGCCUCAAGGGGGAGCAAGGGGAGCCAGGGGCCCCUGGCAUCCGGACAGGCAUCCGAGGUCUUAAAGGAGACCAGGGGGACCCUGGGCCCCCUGGAAACCCUGGCAAGAUGGGCUACCCAGGACCUAGUGGCCCCAUGGGUGCCCCUGGUCCCUCGGGAUUGAAGGGCAUCAAGGGCAACCCAGGAGACAUCAAUGACCAGCCUCGGCCAGCCUUCUCGGCUGUGAGGCGGAACCCGCCGACGGGCGGCAACGUGGUCAUCUUCGACACGGUCAUCACCAACGAGGAAGGCCGCUACCAGAGCCACUCGGGCCGGUUCGUCUGCACCGUGCCGGGCUACUACUACUUCACUUUCCAGGUGGUGUCCAAGUGGGACAUCUGUCUGUUCAUCAUGGCCUCCAGGAGGGGCCAGGCCCUGCGCUCCUUGGGCUUCUGUGACUCCAACAGCAAGGGAACCUUCCAGGUGGUGUCCGGGGGCACAGUGCUCCAGCUCCAGAAUGGAGACCAAGUCUGGAUCGAAAAAGAUCCUGCCAAGGGCCGCAUUUACCACGGUCCCGAGGCAGACAGCGUCUUCAGCGGCUUCCUCAUCUUUCCAUCCGCCUGAACCAGGGAAGGACCCCUCCCCACCCCGGCCUCACCUGCUUCCUGCUGUGUGACAGGCCCACUCGCUCCGCCUCUCUGCUCUGCUCUGCUCUGUAAAGUGGGGGUGCUGGUUUAGCUGAAGGGAGAUCAUUUCUUAGAACUCUUCCUGGAAUAAAUGCGUGUCCAUGUC